GAAAAUACUGUUAAGGAAAAUGUAUAAAAAACGAUUCCUAUAACUUACGCUAUAGUAAUCAUUUGUAUUCGAAGACCCGAGUUGCUAGCAUUCACUCAACGAACUCUUAGUGGAACUUCUUUAUUUCUUCGUGAGAUAUACACAGUCCACAGCGUGCUUGAGGUUAUCGAAAAAUGGAGGUGAUAAUAACAUGGGCAGUGGUGUUCCUCUCCCUUAUCCAGCUUUCAGUUAAUGACACUCCGCCAUCCCCUUGUGACGUCACAGCCAUCUCGGUUAAACCAGUCCCUCACGAACUACGAGCUUACUAUAAUCUGACUCUGAACGACGAAGUUAAUUGCCCGAAAGAUCGAAAAUUCGAAAUUUACACCAGUCCCGCGAAUAAGGAAUUCAUUUUUGAGAGCUAUGUGACAGGCAGUAAGGCAUCUAGUGUGGGAAUAAAAGGAGAUGGAAAUUUCCGGCUGGUAUGGCUAAACAACUCCAGCAUUCCGGAAGUACGAUCAGCUGAUUUUUGGAUGCCGGGAAAUCAGGUCAACACGUCGUACCGAGUCAUGGGAUAUAGAUCGGACAUGAUUCACUUCCACAUGGUAGACGAAUAUGAUCGCAUUAAGUACAUGGCUAUCAAGAUUUAUAAGGUUUUAGUCGACGAGAUGGUGUUCAUCGAAAACGUGAGAGGAAACUCAACCGACGUAUUGAAGGAAAAUCUUUCACCAAACGACUGUUAUUUAUUCGAGCUGUUGCCCGUGUUUUGGAGUUCCAAUAUUAAUUACAAAACCGAAUUGUAUACGGAUUACAUGCGGUGUUCUAUUAUCAGGCAAGGUUUUCCCGGAAGACCACUGCGUCUCGCCCGGCCUCUGUCAGACACGAUAAAGGUGAUAAUACCUGUUGUUGUUUUGCUGGUGGUCUUGGUGUCUGCAGUGGCCUUUGUUAUUGUGAGGAAGUUGAGUGCGAGAGAUGCAGCCCUAUUAGCAGAGGACGACGAAGCGAGGAUGCUCUCCAGCCAAGCGACACGGACGGAACUCCUGGUGAUUCACGCCCGCGAACCGAUGUACCGGCUUCACCACGACCACACGCUGGGCCUCAUGGAUCAGCUGAGAAUUCACUGCAACGCCAAGGUCCACGACAUCUGGGACUGCCGUGACCCUCGCCGACUACAGGACCCGAACGGCUGGCUGCAGUGCGUCCUGGCCUACACCUCCGACGUCAAGAUACUACUGGUCAUGUCUCCGCGCGUCGUGUCCGUUAUGAAUGCCAUCGUUAAUCAUCAGAAAGAUUUGGUCGACCUCGAAGAAGGAAGCAAGGAAAGGGGUUUCCUGCAGAUGGUUUCCAGCAUCAGGAAGCUACUGGAUAAGGAUCUCUUUGAUAAUUAUGACCGUGUCUACGUUGUCAGAUUCAGCGAUUUAUGGGACAAAGACGAAGAUAUUCUCAGCGUCAUAACUGGGAGUCGGCGAUUCUGUCUACCGGAACACACCGAAAAUUUAUACGAAGAAAUUGGUUAUGAGAGUAAUUAAGCUAUUAGAUCACUAAUUAAGCUGGUGAAUAGGGCAAUUACGAUAUUAGAUUGGCUAUUAAACCGGUGAUCAGAACAAUUUGAAAAUUAAACUGAUCACUAAACUAGUGCUUAGAAUUGACACUAAACUGGUGCUUAGAACGUUUAGGAGAUUUGAUUAAUAAAACUAUUCCUAGGUAUAUCAUAACAGAUUAAAUGAAAAUGAUUUAGUCCCUUUUGAUUAUGCAAUAAGCGAAUCCGAUAUACAUACAUACAUUUUUUUUUUCUUCUUUAUUCUUUUUUUUUGUGUGUGUAUGAAAUUUAUAAUCAGUUGUGUCCCAAUUGCUAUUUAUUUCAUGUCCUCGGCUUUCAUGCUUCGUACUGAACGAGAUUUUUGUUUCGUGAAUACCAAUGUACAUAUGUAUUACACUGUGAUACUAAUAAAUAAAUAUACAUAUA